AUGGCAACCACCGAGUCCCGACACGCAAGCAAGCCGUCCAUAUCAGCCCUCGAAGCUGCACGAGCACGCAUACGCAAAGAUGAACAGUCCUUCGAGCCUCGCACACCACCACAUCACCGCAAUCGCUCAAUGGUCUCGUCUUUCGGCUCCACAUCUUCAGCGCUGUCAUCCUUCCGGAACGAAGAAGAUGCUAUAAUUAUCGAGAUGGGAGCUCGUUCCUUGCGUGCAGGGUUCGAGGGCGAGAGUAUGCCGAUGUGCACUGUGGGAUUUGGGCCGGAGGAAUCGAGAAAGGCUGGUGAUUAUCGUGGGUGGAUCAAAACCAAAGGAGGCACACCAGGAGAGACUCCUAGGUCGUUGGAUGCGGAGGAGUGGGCUAGAGACCACGAGUUAUGGCGCAUGGAUUUAAGAGAGGUUGAUCUUGGACUUGUUGAGGAUAAACUAGAACGUGCGGUUCGUGAGAUUUAUAACAAUUAUCUGUUGACUGAUGCGGGAAAUGCGCGUCUUGUUCUGGUCAUGCCGUCCGUCAUGCCGCAUCCGCUGCUAUCAGUUAUUCUCGAAACAUUAUUUAACCGCUGGAGGUUUCCCUCUAUUACGCUUCUACCGUCUGCUGCCAUGGUAGCUGCAGCAGCCGGGGUACGUGCAGCUCUGGUCGUCGAUAUAGGAUGGGCCGAAACAACGGUUACUGCCAUCUACGAAUAUAGGGACAUUACUUCGAAACGGAGCACUAGGGCAACAAAAUCUCUGAUGCAGAAAAUGGGGCGAAUGCUUUCACAACGAGACGAUACAGCCAAAGCCGAAGCGGAGAAUGAUAGUAAAGUAUCUGUCGAUUUCAACUACUGCGAAGAAGUGGUGAGCCGAUUUGCUUGGUGCAAAUUCGCACCAGAGGAUGAAAACCUGAAUAAGAAUGUAUCCAUACCAUCACCAUCGAAUCCUGAUUCGGGGUAUGUGCAACUUCCAUUCUCUCAAUUCGCGAAGCCGGUUGAAGAGAACUUCUUCGCCAAUGGAGUCGACGAGCACGAAUUGGACGAUGAUGAGAGACCAAUUCAUAUCUUGGUUUAUGAUGCUUUGUUAGAGCUUCCGCCAGAUGUGCGUGGAGCAUGCAUGUCUCGUAUAAUUUUUGUCGGAGGUGGGUCAAGAAUACCAGGCAUUCGUCAGCGUAUAGUGAAUGAGGCCUCGUCCUUGGUAGCAGAGCACGGGUGGGACGCGACCAGGGGCCGGGCUGUGGAAGAGCAACGAAAAAAAUUACAGCAGCUCAAAAUCAGCCGAGAAAGCAACAAUACAUCUGAAGACCUACAAGCAGAUACGACCGAUACGGCGCAUGAGAAGUCAGAAGAACCAGAAGAACCAGAAGAACUUGAUUUCGUCGAACAAAAGAUUCACCGCAACCGCGCGCGACACAGCAAGCCUUUGAUCCAAGGCCAGUUCCGCCAAGUUGAAUCUCUAGGAGCUUGGGCCGGCGCCAGCCUUGUCACAAGUCUCAAAAUUAGAGGACUUGUGGAAGUUGAGCGCGAAAAGUUUCUUCGAGAUGGUUUGGCGAGUGCUACUAGAGAUUUGGAUGGUCAUCGCCAUCAUGUUGCGGACCGACGGUCUGGUGUUCGGUCGUCUGUGAUAAGUGAUCGGUCGAGCUGGACGUUGGCAGGUUGGGGAUGAUGUGUAUAAUCGACA